GUGGAUUUUUGCUGGCGGGAUUUCGCGUCGGCGGGGCAGCCCCCGUUGCCCACGACCCGCUCCCAAAACAGCCUUCGACGUGGACCGGCGGCCCGCACCCAGCAGCCCUCGACGCGGACCGGCAGCCCACAAAUCACAGCCACCCCUUACACAUCACAGCCACCACAGGACGGAACCAUGGCAACGCACGGCACGCUCGACGUCGUCGUCCACCUCCACCGCUUCCGGAACGUGGACCUGUUCUCGCGGGGCAUCUACAUGGUGCGCGCGGCCGUGAAGUGCAACACUAAGCAAGCGAUCCCGCACGGCUGCUACUCGAAGCCAAGUGUGCUGUCUACCUUUGUAAGGGAUCAGGAGAUCCCGCAAACGCAUGCGAGCGACCUGCCCGCGGCCCAAGUCGUCGAUUCGUCGUCAGAAUUCUCGACGCGAGCCUUCGUUAUUAAAUAUAGGGACGAGAGGCUAGAACUUAACGAGGGUGCCCAGUUCCAAUUAUUGAUAGAGGCGAAGGAUAGUGGUGACCGGUUAAUCUUCGCGAACGACGAACCCAUCGACAUCACGCUGGAGUUGUUGAUGGCGGAACUCGAGAAACCCGGAAGUCCGCCGUCGAGGACCUCGCCCCGUCGGAGUUCGGCCGUCGCCGCCGAGAAGCCCUCUUUGUCUCCCACAUUCUCUAGAGUAGCAACGCAAACUUUAAGAGUACGACGGGACCCGACCACCAAUCAAGUGCACGCCUACUUUCCCGUGACCUUCAGUUCGAUGCACUUCUGUCAACUCGACGUGACGGUCCACUGCGCUUUGUUACACUUAAAAUUUCGCAAGCGCGUCUACGACCGCGCCGACGCGAGCGUGGAGUCGACCAUAUCUUCUUUUGAGGAGCUGCUGCGGGAUAACAGUGAUGCGCCGAAGACUCAUCGGCGCUAUACGCAACCGAUGCUCGCUUCGUUAAGUGCCACUUGUUCUGCACUUAAGGAGCGGGAGCAGACCGUCGCUACGACAACAUUGGUCGACGCUGGUAGUGUAUCGAAAGCUAUAGAAAGGGACAACGCCGCCGUCGCCAAAAAGCUGUUCCUGUUGUGGGGCCGCUUCGUGGCCCUACUACCGCGCGACGGAAAAGCGUUGUGCGAAACUCUACAAACGACGUGGCUGCGCGACCAGCGCGCGUGGUGGGGGGGUCGCUUGAGGAGCACCGAGGUCCGCAUUCAGAAAUUACUGCAACCGCGCGAGACCGACGAGUUCCGGACUUCGUUCAAGGAGCUGCGGUCGCAACCAACCCAAAGUCCGAGCAUCUGCGACAAAUCGUUGCUCAAGGAGCCGGCCCGGCUCCCCGCGGCGGCCGCGCACGUCUACCGGAGGCGGAACGACACCGAGGCGCUAUUGUCUCCGGACGCGCCUCCAUCGAACUACCGCGGGCCUCAUUUAAUAGUGAUGCAGCACGGCUGGUACGCGUCUUCAUUUGAUAUGCGUUUACUAAGGGCGUACGCUCUCCUACUCUUUCCCGGUGCUAUUGUGUUGUCUCCGCAGUCCAACGAGGACAAUAGUGGCGGUUCGAUGGGGCCCAUGGGUCAAAGGUUAGCACACGAGGUGCACAACUUCAUCAAGCACCGGUGUCCCGAUUUGUCAGAUGCCGACCCAGGUAUGGGCCGACUCAGCUUCGUGGGCCACUCGGCGGGCUCCAUGAUCGUGCGCACGGCGCUGGCGUCUCCAGUAUUAAAGCCCUACCUCCCGAAGCUCCACGCUUUUGUUUCUUUAUCGUCGUCCCAUUGCGGCAACAUGUUCGUGCCCUCGACGCUCAUCAGUGGCGGCAUGUGGGCCCUCCAGCAUCUGCACCAGUCCCAGUUCAUGGACGAGCUCCAGUUGCUGGACGCGCCGAAGGCCGAGGACGCCUUCAUGCACAGACUCUCGAAGCAGCCGGGCUUCGAGAGAUUUCGGUUCGUGGUCCUCGUCGGGUCCUUGCAGGACUCCUACGUGCCGCUCCACACGGCCCAGGCCACGAUCCCGCGGCCGGCGGAGGUCGACAAGAAGGGCGGCGGCGACGCGUACCGGCAGAUGGCCACGAACCUCCUGUCGCCGGUCAUGCAGCAAUCCGCGACGGCGUCAAAGCGGACGACGGUCGUGCGGCUCACGCUCGACUAUCGGUUCGCCCAGACGAAUUUAGAUACGGUCAUCGGCCGCGCGGCGCACCUCGCGUACAUCGACUCGUCCGCGGCGGUGCUGCUCAUCCUCUUCUCGCUCUACAACGUCCUCCGAUAGCACUUCCCACGCACGAGGGGUGUUGUUCUUGUUGGUAUUUAACUUAACCGAGUGACACAG